GGUAUAACAAUCAGUCUCUUGGUUGUUCAUAAACUUACAAGUGAAUUAAAAGCUAAAGUUGCGAAAAUGAAGUUGGCAUUUGUUGUGCUGUGUUGCGUUUUGCAGGCCAUAGUCGGGAAACGCAUUAGCUCCAAAGAAAUUCUGUUCCCGCCCCAACCGUCAUCAACCAGAAUUGUUGGAGGCGUUGAUGCUCAGGAUGGAGCAGCCCCAUUCCAAUGCUCGUUGCAAAAUCGCAGAACACACAUCUGUGGAUGUGCUAUUAUUUCGAACAAAUGGGUUGUCACCGCCGCACAUUGUGUUUAUCGUCAAAUAGACAAAAGGCUGAAUAUCUACGUUGGAUCGAAUGACCUAAAGACAGGUGGAACUUCCUACAAUGUUGACAAAAAAAUAAUUCAUGAGCAAUACAACAAUCCUGCUUAUGCCUAUGAUAUUGCUGUGGUUCGUGUGCAAGGAUCAAUCGAAUUGAAUGAUAAAGUCAAAACAAUCGAAUACUCAUCCGAAGAAGUACCCGAUGGUGCCGUUCUUCAACUAACUGGUUGGGGUGCAUUGCGUGCCGGCGGAGUAACGCCACAACACUUGCAAAUCAUUAAAUUGAAUGCGGUCCAAACUGAAAAAUGUAGAGAAAUCUAUGGUUCGAGUGGACCCGCACCCGUCCAUGACUCCAACAUCUGUACAUUGAACAAAGCUGGUGAAGGCGCUUGUGAAGGUGACUCGGGUGGUCCACUUGUUUACAACAACAAAUUGGUUGGAAUCGUCAACUGGGGAACUCCAUGUGCCAGAGGCAUGCCAGAUGUCUUCGCAAAGGUAGCCUUCCUGUUCGAUUGGAUUAAGAACAAUACUGUAUCAAACUGAAAUCCUGACUUUCCUUGAAAUCAUUGAAAUGAAUUAAAGUAACGCAUAUGAUGUAAAUAAAGAUUUUCUCGAUCUUUAUUUAAUUAAAAUCGUUCAAUCUAUAUCGGUUACAUUA